GUCACAGCAGCGAAACACCGACUACUCAAUAGAAAAACCAUGGCCACUGCCGCGCUCUUCUUCGUCCUCCUCGCCCUGGUUACCAUGAAGUCGCAGACCGCGUCGUCCCAGAAGGAGACGCACCUCAAGGUGUACUGGCAUGACGUGGUGAGCGGACCGGACCCAACGUCGGUGCCGGUGGCGCACGCGGCCACGACCAACACUUCCAAGGCAGCUUUCGGCCUCGUGAUCGUCAUCGACGACCCGCUCACAGAGGGCCCCAGCCUCAACUCAUCCAGGCUCAUGGGCCGUGCCCAGGGCACCUACAUCGCCGCCGGCAAGGACCAGAUGGCGCUGCUCAUGCUCAUGAACUUCGUCUUCACCGCCGGCAAGUACAACGGCAGCAGCGUCGCCAUUAUGGGUCGCAACGCGGUGUUCACCGAAGUUCGAGAGAUGGCUGUUGUCGGCGGUACCCGCGUUUUUAGGUGGGCUCGCGGGUACGCGCAGGCCAGGACGCACACCUUGGACCUCAAGACCAACGAUGCCACGGUCGAGUACAACAUAUUCAUCAGGCACUAGUUCCGGCCGUGGUCAAAAUUUACCCAGAGUUAAAUACCAUGAAUACGAAUUGUGUGUUCAAACGAUAAUAUUUGUUGCUUUCGGAAAACCUUUUUACGUUUUUCGUGCGAUGUCAAUCACAACUGAUACUGUUGCUGAUUAUCUAUACAAGUCGUUUUUUCUCGUU